AUGGAUGCAAUAAGCCGAUUGUCCACCACAACAUCAGCCCUGAAAACAUCUUGCUUGAUCAGACUGCCUCCUGGUAACUUUGGGUACGCAGCUCCAGAGUAUGGGAGAGCGACGAACCAGGUGACUGAGAAGGCAGACAUAUACAGCUUCGGAGUAGUGCUGCUAGUACUAGUCACGGGGUGGGUGGCCAAUGGACCUGGAGUGAAUGGUCUACUGGCAACUUGGGCACAGAAGAAGUGCAAUGAACUGAUGGCGAACAACCUGAAAAUGUUCAAGAUUACUGUGGACAAGGGCAUCCCUAAUCAAGCGCGAUACAUGAAGGAGAUGGCUACCAUGUUCAGGCUGGGCGUGGAUUCCACCGUCAUGGAUCCGCAUGAAAGGCCUUCAAUGCUCAAGGUAAAGGAAAACCAGAAGUCACGGUUUGUAAUUUCGGCUUGGAAAGCUGCUAAUGGCUAUGGUACAAUGCUGGUAGGGGCCUGGACCCGCAACCACAGGAGGAGGGUGAUAAGAGAGAUGGAUGUUGUAAAUCUGAGCUUAUCAAGCCUGAGGACGUGGCCAAGAGUGAAGGAUGCCAAAGCUGUCGCUGGUGAUGCCGCGCUUCAAAGACAGCAGGGCGUCCCGCUCCUGCGGUAUGCAGCUUGCGCCGACCGAGCCUCCGGCCGGCCCGAGCUGAAGUGCAUGGGAGACCAGCAAGCUGGCGGCAGCUAG